CCGGGAGCACGUGACACGGGGCGGAGCCCGAAGGCGCGUGACGUGGGGGCGGGCCGCAGGGACGCCCGGGGGAUUCCCAGACCGCCUAGUAUUGCGGUUCUUCCGGCUCUCAAACCCCGCGCCUCCGAUGAACCGCUGUCGGAGACCAACCUUCAUCCCGGAGAGCAGGCAGUCACUGAGCGCCGCAGGGAACCGUUCGGACCCAGGCUGUACUUGCCCCGAGCGCUUCGCCGCGCUCCCUGUUCUGUCAUGGCGAGAGUCUGGCUCUGCGCGGGUGGCGCGGGCUGCUUGCUUAUUUUUCUGGUUUUACAUUCGCAUCUUUCUGGCUCUCCGGUUUUAAGGGACUUUGUGUUUCAAAUUUCCUGGGGAACUGAGGACAUUCUUUACAGGCUGGACGUGGGUUGGCCCAGGCACUCGGAGUACUUCACUGGAGCCACCUUCUGUGUUGCCGUGGACUCCGCAAAUGGACUGGUGUAUGUCGCCCAAAGAGGGGACCAUAUCCAGAAGGUCCUAGUGUUCACAGAGGAUGGAUAUUUCUUGCGAGCUUGGAACCACACAGUGGACACGCCCCACGGCAUGUUCGCACCCAGCAGCCCUCAGGAGCCGGCGGUCUGGCUCACGGAUGUCGGAAGCGGAUCCUUUGGUCACACUGUUAAAAAAUAUGAUUCCUUCGGGGAUCUCGUUCAAGUCUUGGGGACCCCAGGCCAAAGAGGCACUGGUCUGAACCCCCUGCAGUUCGAUAACCCUGCGGAACUGUACGUGGAAGGCACAGGAGACAUUUACAUUGUGGACGGAGACGGAGGGCUGAAUAACAGGUUGAUCAAGCUGUCCCAAGAUCUCACGGUGCUGUGGCUGCGCGGAGAGAGGGGGACGGAGCCUGCCAAGUUCCACGUGCCCCACAGCGUCACCGUGGACUCAUUUGGCCGGGUGUGGGUCGCUGACCGAGGAAACAAGAGAGUCCAGGCCUUCGAGAAGGACACCGGGGCCUGGCUGGGAGCCUGGGACGACUGCUUCGCAGAAGAGGGGCCCUCCUCCAUCAGGUUCACCCCCGACGGGCAGCACGCGGUGGUAGCCCAGCUGAACCGCAGCCGGCUGCUGUUCCUGGCCGCGCCCCCUGUGGGCGGCAUCGGCUCCUGCGUGGUGAGACGCUCCAUCCAGCUGGCAGAUCAGGUCUCACCUCACCUCUUAGACGUCAGCGGGCGGACCGGAGCCAUCUAUGUCGCGGAAAUCGGAGCAAAACAAGUACAGAAAUACGUGCCUUUGAAAAGCUAUUUCCCGCCUUUCCGUUUCUGACCCUGGUUUGCCUGGAGAUCCUUCCAGUGAAAGUUCAGAUUUUCAAAUUCACCAUCUAAAGUGCCUAAAAGUAAUGUUCAAGUGCAAGAAUUCAUUUCUUUAUUUUUACCUGAUCUGGUAUCAGAAAAUUUGUUUCUGUGUCAUUAAUAAGUUGCAUGUUGCGUUGCCAUUUUUGUGACUUAAUUUUACGUGUAAAUGCGUAAGGAUAUUUUAAUGAAAGAAAUGUGACAAAAAAAAACGGGUCAAAGGAGGCAGCAAAUAACGAGGCAGUAACCUAGUUAUUUGUCUCGGUAGAUUAUUCCUUGGCGGGGGGCGGGGGGGGGGAGCAGGAAUAGAAAUGGGUUGGGGGAUACUUUCCUGGAUUUUACGCAUGGAGCCGCAGCUCUCCAGGUGGCUCACCUUACAAGUGAUGAACUGCAUGAGAGGCGGGGCCCGGUGGGCUCUGGAGUGCAGUGCUCCCAGGACGCCGGCCCGGAGGGGGGCUCAGGGACAGAGGCCGGGUUCGUCCGGGUCCCUGUCAGCAGCUCACGAACGACCGGUGACUGCCAUUCACGCGUGCUGUGGGACUCCGGAAGGAGGAGCCCUGCCCCUGACGGACAGGAGCUCAAUGGAGCGCCACCUUGGACAACCGGGGAGGAGAGGGACCAAACCUCGUGGACUCGCUGUGAGCCUGGGGGCUUCCUUUGAAAAGAGCCCCCGCUUGGUUCCGGCCCUCCCACUGCGAGGCAGGAAUGCCCCUCCUCGGUGCCUUCGUUCUUGAGAGAGAACUCAGUGCCUUUCCCAGCGUCUGUCUACCUCGAACAGGCUCCCGGCGUUUGCAAAGGUGCCCGCCAAACUCGGAGCUAGCGAAGUGCAUGGUUUCCUGCGUGGUCCCGCGUGUCUGCCACCACUGGGGUGGAACGUCGGCGCUCCGCUGGGGACCGUUUUCUCAGUCCUCGUUCGCUCCUUCCAGCCGCAGCGGGACCCUCUACGUGCUACCACCUAGUGGGUGGCCCUCCCUCGCCCCGUCCAGCCUUCCUCUCCCUCCUUCCUUCCGGACUCGCUCUGUCCCCGCCGCUGCGCUCCAGUCUUCGCACAGCCAGAAGGUGAGUCUCCCAGCGGGAACCCCUGAGCUGGCGUCCGAGGCCACGGUGUGUGUCUGUGCCCCAGAUGGGACUGUAUGGUCGUGGCAGGGGCGGGGUGUCCAGGGCCUGGUGUCGACCACGCAGCUGCGAUGUGCGAUUAAGCCCGUACCAGCGCCAGGGACUCGGAAAACAUUACAAAAGGUGCUUCUAAACUUGCCU